GAUAUGUACGUCAUUCUCUCUCGGAACCAAAGAGCCAGUUACCGAUUGUACACCCACGGAAUUCAUUAUGAUCAGACACACAGGCAAGAUGGCGGAGGGAGAUUCAUGGGAUGCUGACGAGCCGGCUAUCGGGACCAAGAACGCGGUUGUGGCGGACAAAUGGGAAGGCGAGGACGAGGAUGACGAUAUCAAGGAUAACUGGGAUGAUGAAGAGGAGGAAUUAAAGAAAGCAGAAGAGAAAAAAGCAGCAGAGACAAAACUUUCGGAAAAGAAGAAAUUAGCUGAAAAAAUCAAAGAAAAGGAGAGUUUACAAAGGAAAAAACAAGAAGAGUUGAGAAAGAGGUUAGAGGAAUCCCAGGAAACAGAACUCUCACCGGAGGAUGAGCUAGCAGAGAAACUCAGAGUGAAGAAGCUACAGGAGGAGGCUGAUCUGCUAUUGGCUCAGGAGGCUUUCGGUGUCGUCAACAACGUAAAAGGAAUUGAUGCAAUAAGCCCUUCUUCUAAAGAUGACUUCACAGAGUUUGAAAAGUUGUUAAAAGAUAAGAUAUCCCCUUUUGAGAGUUCCAUACACUACGCCGGUUUCCUAGAGACCUUGUUUCGAGACCUCUCUCUCUCAUUGGAAGUGGAGGACUUAAAAAAAGUCAGCACCUCCCUCACAGUCUUACUAAGUGAGAAACAGAAACAGGAAAAGCAGCUGAAUAAAGGGAAGAAGAAGAAGAAAGGAGUGCUUCCUGCCGGAGGGAUGAAGGUCAAGAUGAAGGAUGACCUGGCAGACUACGGCGAGUUCCAGGGAGGUUACGCACAAGACUAUGAGGACUUCAUGUGAUGUGACGCCAACCGACUGCCGAGUCCCAAAUGGCUCCCUAUGUAGAGCACUGUAUAGGGUGCCAUUCAGGAGUUAUCCACUGCCUGUCCCAUUCCCUCUCCGCUCUGCUCUGCUCGAUCCAGCCACCUCAGAACAUGACCUAUGACCUAUUCUACUGCCCAAAGCCAUCCAAUGAAAACCACCCUUGUGUCGCGUGCCAGCCGCACACAAACUUGAUUUCUGAAAGAAGUGUUGAGUGGUUUGACGAAGAACAGGAACGUCUGAUCUCAACAUGGUUGUUUUUCCUCCUCCUUUAGAAAUGACUUCCCAAUAAGACUGUUCUGGAUACCAAAAAUGUUUCACCUCCCAUGUUGAGGUGCAAAAACACAGCAGCAUACUCGUGUUUUUCCCAAUCCUAGAAUGAAUUCAAUUUUAUCUUUUAAAAGAAAUGGUCUGUCAACAAAAAAUGAAUUGUUACUGUUUGACGAAGGAAAAUACAUUUUGUGUUCCAUUAUUUUUCUCAAGUAUUAUUAAAGAAAUGUGUUUUACUCGAAGGAUGGCUGUUGGCAGUCCAAAAUAUAACCUGCGUUGUUUUGUAAAGAAUGUCAUUUUGGUGCUCAUAUAUUCCAUAUAUGGGAAUAUAUUUAUCCUUGACAUCACAUAGUAUUUGCAGGAGAAAAUGUCCUAAAAAGACGAGGAGCUUAGGACCACUUGAGAAAAGCCACGUUGCGAUGAACAUGUUGGGUACAUUUAGGAAUAUAGCAUGGUUACAUAGUCUUGAAAUAUUUUUUUUGUAAAUACCUAAAUUCCUUGUUUUAUAGGAUGGUUAAAGAUUGAUUACUUCUAGUUGUAAGGGGGGAUAAUAUUGCCUUGAAUUUCUUCCCCCCUACAUUAUUUUAAUUUUCUAGGAAAAUUAUUAAAAUGUUACUAUGAAGAAAUUUAAGGUUAGGAAGUAUUGAAGCCACAAGUCAACGUGUGAACAUAGGCCCAUAUACUGCUGAAGUGAAUAUGAUGUAACUAUAGUCUUAAGAAAUGAUGGUGCUGGAAAAUAAUCUGUGAUGUAGCAUUUCAAUAAAUAGCCACAGGGUACCUCCAUGUCAAUUAGAAAACACGGCGUUGGAACAUUUCAUCCUGGGCCUAGGUUCACAAAGCAUCUCGGAGUAGAUAUGCUGAUCUAGGUUCAUUAUGAUCAGGAAGGCUAAACUGAUCCCAGGGCAGCACUGCUACUCUGAGAACCCAGUGUAUUGUAUAAUCACUUCCACUGAGUUGAUGCAACAAUCAUUCUAGGUCUCCUUGGUGUAACUUUGCACGGCUUGUAUCAAGUAAGGUGAGAAACAGCUUUUAUGAAUGGACCAAAUGUAUUAGGAAAGAAGGUUGUACUGUGAUAGUUUAUUUUUAUUUUUCACAACACAUUUUCAGGAUUGGCAAUGGAAAUAGGAACAUUAUAUUAAAGACUGCACCUAAUUUAAUAAAAUCAUUGUUAAACUGA